CUAAUUUACUCUGUGCUACUUUUGGCAGAGAUCAUGAAAGCAGGACUGCAAAUCAGACACAACACUGUAAUAGUUCCAUUAAGGAACAUUAACAUUUAAAUCCAAGGUGGGAGCUGGAGAGCUUCAGUGGAAUGUAAAGUUGACACUGUGGAGACUGUUGACUUACACCCACAAACAAAUGACAACCGUCAGGCCUAUAAGAGACCCCACACUGUGUGACCUGAAGUUUUUCACUCCUGCUGAGGGAGCAGCUAUCAGGCGUGUUGUUCUCUCCUGGAUGCCAAUCUGUAGAAAAAUCGAACAGCAGGUUGUUGUUUUUUUUUUAAUUCCAGCAAGCUAUGACAUGGAAGGAGUCAAAAGAAACAUCCUUCUGUACUUCUUGUGCUGCUUGCAUCUGAUCCCACAAUAUCUGUGCACAGGGCUACACUCUCAGACUGUGCGAUUUUCAUCUCAAGUUGGUAUUCAUGGGGAGCAGCAGUUCAUGUGCCCUCAGAUCAACAUCGGGGAGGAUCAUUUCCCAGGAUUUUACAUUAUGUCCCAGUUCCACAUUGCAGAGCUGGCGAGAAGAGGGACAGUCAAAAAGGUCCCUGGAUCAUCUCUUCAGCAUGUUGCUUAUGAAAUAGGCCCAGCAUUCAACUUCAGGAUCAACACAAGAUCAGCUUAUCCCUUGGGGCUACCAGAGGAGUUUGCAUUUGUGGCCGUCCUGCGCAUGAGUGGCAACACCAUCAAUAAAAAGUGGAAUAUCUGGCAAAUGCAGGAUGUGAAUGGCAACGAGCAGCUGUCCGUCAGACUCAACGGGGAGUCCAAAACUCUGGAGUUUACCUUCACAUCGCUUGAUAAAGGGAGGCAGACCAUUGUUUUCAGCAGUGUGGCUUCUCUUUUCAAUGACCAGUGGCACAAAGUCCUCCUUGACGUCAGCAAGCGCUCCGUCACCCUCUAUGUGGACUGUUAUAUGAUCGGUUCUCAAGCUGUGCCACCCCGACAAAAAGUGAGUCUGGAUGGCUUUACGCUGAUUGGAAAGCUCAAGGACAACCCAGUGAUGGCAGUUCCGUUUGAACUCCAGUCGAUGCUGAUUCACUGCGACGUCACUCGAGCCCGAGCAGAUACAUGUUAUGACCUCCCAGCCACGACAUCGACUGAUGUGACAGAGGUGCAGAGGAGUCAAGGAGCUACUGGCCCUCCUGGACCUGCAGGUGUCCCAGGAAUUGAUGGCAUUUCUGGGGACAGGGGAGACGACGGCGAGGACGGUCUUCCUGGACCUGAUGGAGAUGGAGGUAAACCUGGCUCUUCGGGAUUACCUGGUAUUCCUGGCAAUGAUGGUCUGACUGGCCCCAUUGGAGAUACCGGGCCUGAUGGUCCCCUCGGACAGAAAGGAGAACCUGGAAAACCUGGACCUCGUGGAACAGCUGGUGUUGGGCAAGAUGGACCCCCUGGACCUCCUGGGCCUGGAGGACUUCUGGGUGAAGUUGGAAAAGUUGGACCACCUGGGGCCAUGGGUGUGAGAGGACCACAGGGACCUCGGGGAACGACAGGGCCCAGAGGUGCAGCUGGAAUGCAAGGCAGUGCCGACCUGUGUCCAAACUCAUGUCCACCUGGGACCCCUGGACAUCCUGGCCUUCCUGGCAUGAAGGGCCACAAAGGUGUAAAAGGUGAAGCAGGAGAGCCUGGGAAACAAGGGCACAAGGGCGAGGAGGGAGACCAGGGAAGUCCAGGAGAGGUCGGAUCCCAGGGACCAACGGGUCCUCAGGGAAUUCGUGGAGCCACGGGAAUGAUGGGCUCCAAAGGAGAGAUGGGAGCUCGAGGUCUUGAUGGAGGUCCAGGUCCCCAGGGUGUUGCAGGGGCGACUGGAGAUCAAGGCCAGAGGGGUGUGAUGGGUGAGCCGGGGCCUAAAGGUGAACUGGGUGUUCAAGGGCCAAGAGGAAUUUCAGGUCUGCCAGGUCCCAAAGGAGAGGCUGGUUUGCCCGGUGUUGAUGGUCGUGAGGGUAUUCCUGGGAUGCCGGGAGGAAAGGGAGGCAUCGGGAAGGCAGGCGCUCCUGGAGAGGUUGGACUUCAGGGCCUUCCUGGUUUGCCCGGUGUACCUGGACCAAAAGGCUUGGGCGGCUCUAAGGGAGAUUCUGGUCAGUUGGGCCUUCCUGGAACAAUGGGCUCUGCUGGAAAAACAGGUGAGCGUGGAGAGCAGGGAGAGGUGGGACCUGUUGGACCUAUUGGUGGACCUGGAGAUGUAGGAGGGCAAGGUGCUCUAGGUCCAGCUGGCAAGCCAGGAGCAAGGGGACCCAAAGGUGCCCCCGGCCUACUUGGUCUCCCUGGUCCUUCUGGCCUGCCUGGAGAGAAAGGAGAGAGGGGAGAGCGUGGAGAAUCAGGACCUAAAGGAGAGCAGGGAUUACAAGGUGAUGAAGGAAAUCCUGGAGACAAAGGGGAGUUUGGUGAGUCAGGAGAAGCUGGAGCUAAAGGAGAGGUCGGUAACCCCGGAGAGCCUGGCAGAAGAGGUCCUGAGGGAAGUAGAGGGCAGCCUGGUAUCGAGGGGCCUCCCGGCUCACCUGGACCACGGGGCAUGCAGGGAAACAGAGGAGCAACUGGAGUCAGAGGGUCUCAGGGUCCAGCGGGCAAGGAGCCGAGCGAUCAGCACAUCAAACAAGUUUGCAUGCGAGUCAUGCAAGAACAGCUGGCUCAGUUAGCUGCUAGUUUAAGGAGACCAGAGUCUGGCGUGGCUGGUUUACCUGGAAAACCUGGACCUCCAGGACCUCCUGGAACACCAGGAGACAAUGGCUUCCCUGGACAGGGUGGAACAAGAGGCCUCCCGGGACUGAAAGGACCGCCAGGACCUUUAGGAGUAAAAGGACCUAAAGGUGAAAUGGGAGACAGAGGCUCCAGAGGGCCCACUGCACGAGGACCCAAAGGUCAACCAGGACAUCCUGGACUUCCUGGUGAACCAGGCAAACCUGGCUACGGUCAGGAUGGUCGGGAUGGACAGAGAGGACCUCCUGGUGUUCCCGGACAGUCCGGCGUACCUGGUCCUCCUGGAUCAGCUGGUCCUAAUGGUUACUGUGACCCGUCAGCCUGCAACCUCCAGCCAGGAGCCGCCCACCAGUCUCUGGAUGUGAAGGGACCUGCAGGGAACUAAGAGCCACUGUGGCAGAGACAGACAGACUGUUUGAUUAGCUCCCCCGAGCACACAACAUUUUUCACACCUUCUUCUAAAGGGCUGUGGUUGCUGUGGUGUCUUCAAUCCAUUAACCUCUGCUCCUGAGAGCCUCUUUGUGCCAGCCACAUGUCCAUCAGGAGGAGCCCGUCUCUUCAAGUCCUAAAAAUUUGGCUUGUUCCGGUGUUUUCCCACCAGAGUUGUUUUUAUAUUUCCAAGACAGUGCGCUCAAAUUUCUACAAAAGGACCAGAAAUGUUUGUCUAUCCCACUCUCCCUGUACCUCUACAUGCAUUUCUGUCUUGUUUGCUUAUUUAAAGGUCCUCAGCUUUCUCACAAACAUGUCCAAUCAUCACUAAAAGCAAACCAGAGUCAGGGUUUUGUUUGGUUGUGUGCCUUCUGCAAGUGAUCUGUUCUGUAAUUUAUAACGUACCAAAGAUAAACCUCCUGAAACCUCACUUUUGUGUGAUAAAUUUGCACAUCAGCGUGCCCAGCAAUCCUGAAUAAAAAGAGAGGACGAAAAUGUCAUCAAGUCACAAUGACUUCAGUUUAUGUUGUAAAUCUGUAUAAAUAUGUUUGAAUUGUGGUUAAUUAUAUUUCCUACAAAACGACCUGAUGUGAGAUUUUGCCUCAAUGUACAGAAUACGACACGGUGCAGCUGUGCAUAAAUGAAGGAAUGAGGGAGAACCUCAUUAAUGGUACAAAUAAAGAAAAAAACACA